AUGAGUGGGUUUGGUGAUGAUGAUGAUGAUGAACCAAUAACUUUAUCAUCUCAUGCUUUAGCAGCAUUACAAGAAUUCAAACAAGAAGAAAAACUGAGAUUAGAAAAAUUUGAAUCACUUUAUAAAGCAUCAGAAGAAAAAUUUGAUAAUAAACAAUGUAAUGAAGAAGCUAAUAUAACUAUAGAUGAUUUUAAAGAGGAUUGGCAAUUAUCACAAUUUUGGUAUUCUGAUGAAACUGCAAAAAUAUUGGGGAAAGCAUUAUUAGAAGGAGCAGAUGAAGAUACUAUUAUAGUUAUAGCAUCAGCUCCAUCAGUUUAUGCAGCAAUAAAACAAUUACCAAAAGAUGAAAUACCUACAAAACAUAUUUAUUUAUUAGAAUAUGAUCCAAGAUUUAAAGUAUUAGCAGGUAAUGAAUAUUUUAGUGUUUAUGAUUAUAAUAAACCAAAUGAUAUACCAUCACAUUUAAGAAAGAAAUGUCAUAGAAUACUAAUAGAUCCACCAUUUUUAGAAGAAGAAUGUCAAACUAAAAGUGCAGAAUCUGCAAAAAAUUUAUUAAUUCCAGAAAGUGAAAGGAACGAAAAAACUAAAAAUGGAGAUUUAAAAUUUAAAUUAAUAUCAUCAACAGGAGAAAGAAUGAAUGAGGUUGUUUUGAAAAAUUAUCCUGGUACAAAGAUGACAGAUUUUUUACCAGAACAUAAAAAUGGACUCAGUAAUGAAUUUAGAUGUUAUGCAAAUUUUGAAGGAUCAUACUGGAAAUUUAAAUAA